AUGCCCGCCAUCGUUGUCACUGGCGAGCCCGACAAGCCGUCCAUCUCACCACCACGACGCCAGGCCCAGCUCUCCGACAUCGCCAAAGGCCUUCUGAAUCAUCGCUCGUGGGCAGCUAUGCCGUCGAGCAACGCCCAGCAGCCGGCGCCGCCGGAUGCCAUCACGAACAUCACCGCCGACCAUUUCCAGCUGCCUGAGUCACAUGUGUCGAAUAGCUCAAAUGGCACUCAAUCGAACGACAUCCAGACGAAUGGCGAUUCUCGUCUUGCUCCUCCCAUGACGGUGCCCGGCCGCGCUCUACACCCUCCCGCGGUCCACCAUGUGCCUGGCCUUCCUAAUAGCCUUCUCCAUGGCAUCAAUCAUACCUUGAGCGAUACGCCUCUCCCAAGCGCUCCAACUUCGACUCCGGCUAGCCCCCGUCUUUUCCCAGUUAGACAAAACUCCGGAAUUACCACCCCUCGAGUUCGACCACCUGCGACGACCCUGAAUAUUCCUGGCAUGACCAGAUCCCGCGUCUCCCCGGAUGGAAAGAUAUCACAGCGGGAUGUGGGCGCGAAGCUGGUGGUGAUCAUGGUUGGCUUGCCGGCUCGGGGAAAAUCGUACAUUACCAAGAAGAUCCAGCGCUACCUCUCCUGGCAACAGUAUGAGACCCGGAUUUUCAACGUGGGCAAUCGCAGACGCGGAGCAGCAAUCCCCUCGCAGAACCUUCCCGAGCAACCAAUCCAGGAUUCGCCAGUGGCCUCCCCCCCUGCCGUUGAUGCUCCCACUCAGGCUGCUCGCAUUCUUCUCAACGGCUUGGAUCCAGAACAAGGUCAACCACCAAAUAGGAAGACGAGACUCCCUAGCGCAGAGGAGAUGGACCAGUCUGCCAAGUUCUUUGACCCGCAGAACACGGUGGCUGCCCAGCUAAGAGAUCAGGUGGCAAUGUCGACAUUGGAUGAGCUUCUCGAUUUUCUCCUGAACCAGGGCGGCUCGGUUGGUAUCCUAGAUGCUACGAACAGCACGAUUCAACGCCGGCAACUCCUCUUCGACCGUGUCAAGGAACGAGAGCCGAAGCUCGGUAUCCUCUUCAUCGAAAGUGUUUGCGAGGACAAGAAGCUGCUUGAGACCAAUAUGCGCUUGAAGCUCCGCGGUCCAGAUUACCGCGACAAGGACCCUGAAAGCUCCUUGGCAGAUUUCAAGAAGCGUGUGGAGGCGUAUGAGAGUGCGUACGUGCCUCUUGGCCAAUACGAGGAAGAUCAUAAUAUGCAAUACAUCAAGAUGAUCAACGUGGGACAAAAAGUCAUCCAUUAUCAGCUCCAAGGCUUUCUAUCUUGUGGUAUUGCAUCCUACCUGGCUACCUUCAACCUUUCGCCCAGCCAGAUUUGGAUUACGCGCCACGGGAAGUCUGAGGAUAAUUGCCUUGGUAAGCUGGGCGGGGAUUCAGAGCUUACUAUGGAAGGCCGAAAUUAUGCUACAGUUCUCUACAAUUUUAUCACCCUGAAGCGGUCUGAAUGGGAGGAGGAUCAGAUGCGGCGUGCUUCGUUGUCAACUGAACUUCCGCCUAAGCCGGGCGACCGCACCCCACCAUAUCCUGAGCUCCUUGGGGAUCUUGAUGCGAAGAACUUUUGCGUUUGGACCUCCAUGCUGAAGCGGAGCCGUGAAACUGCAGCCGAUUUCGACGAGGAUGAGAAUUACGAUGUGAAGAACUGGGAGAUCCUUAAUGAGAUUCACGCUGGCAAGUUUGAGGGCAUGACAUAUGAAGACAUCAAGAAGAAUUACCCCGAGGAAUAUGCCAAACGUGCUAAGGAUAAGCUUAAUUACAUCUAUCCAGGCGUCGGUGGAGAAGGAUACCUUCAGGUCAUCAACAGGUUGAGGGAUAUGGUACGCGAGCUGGAGCGGAUCAAAGACCAUGUCCUUAUAAUCGGACAUCGCUCUGUCUGUCGCGUCCUCAUGGCCUACUUCAUGGACCUUACCCGAGACGACAUCGCCGACUUGGACGUUCCGCUUGGACUUCUUUUCUCGAUCGAGCCAAAGCCUUAUGGUAUCGAAUUUCAUGCAUACCGAUACAACGAGAAACAGUUCUGGUUUGACGAGCUUGUUGACUACAAGCCUCAGAGGGAAACUGAGAAGGGAAACUAA